ACCAUAGAUAGUGGAGGGACAGUGGAUUGCAGUGCACUUGCAACUCCAAAACCCAAAACAGCAAAACCACAAAAUAUGAAUGUUGUGUACUUUGUACCAGCAAAAUUAAUGCUCAGAAUCAGGCUCAGAAUCAUCAUGCCAAAGACAAGAAGAGCAAGACUAGCUAUGAAGGCAGGAAGAGGAAUAAAGAAUAAAUCUCAGUCUGAAGAUAUGCACAAUUCAACUGAGCCAGAUAUUGUCACACCUUCUCAAGAGGAGUCGAGAGUUUCGUACACUGCCAGCUUAGGCUCAACUCUAGUUCAAGAAUUCAGAUGUUCGUGCACUGAAGCUGUUCGUGAGAACCAAGAAACUUACGCAAAGUAUGCCCAAGAGAUAAAGAAGUAUAUGCGAAACCAGUUCGAUUUCUUCGGUAUCAAAGCGCCCCAGAGGCGGACUCUGCAGAAAGAAGUGAUUGACAAGAACAAAGAGAUCCUAAAGGAUCGUGAGGUGUUGUUUUCUUUUCUUCGUGAACUAUGGUUGCAAGAUGAGAGGGAGUUUCAAGCAUUUGGAACGGAUUUUUGUCAACAAUUCAGGAAGGAGAUGCUUGGUAUCACUGAUGACCAUUUCAGAGAAGCUGUGGCUCAGGUCGAAAUGUCCAUCAUGUCCAAGAGCUGGUGGGAUACAGUGGAUAACUUAGCCUACCAAGUGAUUGGGUACUUCGUGAAGGAGAGGCCUGCCCUAGGGGUACCGCUGAUGGACCAGUGGAUUAAUCAUGACAAUAUGUGGCUAAGGAGGGUUGCCUUAUUGCACCAGCUGUACAGGAUGUCAUACAGGGCCCGGGGGAUAUCUCCCUCUAGCUCCAAUUCCCCUCCCCCUAAAAUUUGCAUUCAGCUAAACUGGAAGGCAGACACUGAUGAAGACAGACUGUUCUCCUUGUGUGUUUGCAGAGCACAUGAAAAAGAAUUUUUCAUCAGGAAGGCUAUAGGGUGGGCACUCCGGACAUACUCUCGGACCAACGGAGCAGCUGUGAGAGCAUUUGUAGAGAAGAACAGGGAGUCCCUCUCUGGCCUGAGUACAAGAGAGGCUCUUAAAUAUUGCUGAUAAAAAUAAUAGUUUCUGCAUGUGGUCUCUAUUCGUUUCAACUGUGUUGCUUCCUUAUAGACGGCACUCUGUGUUAUUAGUUAACAACCACUUUAUUGUCACUAACGUACCGUGCUUUCAUUUUCCAUGUAUGUAGAAUCAAUAUCAUAAUUAUGGUCAAAA